CAAGGCUUUCGGCUCAACCCAUGGGUUCUGGAGCCUCGCUGGAGAAAGCGAGCCCGGAGGAAGUCCGGGAGGUGGUCCAUUCCUUGCAGAAGGACCACCUGGCCACGUUGCGGCGGGCCAUGUCGCUUUUGGAGAAGGAGCCGAAGGGCCUGCAGCAGAUGCGCUCGCUGGCGCCCUGCAGCGGCUUCCAGUCCGUCCCCGUGCCGCGGAAGGUGGUGAGCCGCCUCUUGGAAGGUCUUGCGAGCGUCCCGUCCUCUGCCAACACGCAGCCCUGGACCGUGGCGGUGGUGCAAGGUCAAAAGAGGGACCUCCUGGCCGAGAGAUUCUUGCAGAACCACGACGCGGGGAAGGAGGGCACUGCGCUCUUUGAGGAUCUCCCCAAGAACAUGCCCGAGCGUAUGGCGAAGCAGGUUCGCGCCUAUGAGGAAUCUCUCACUGGCCAGCGGAAGGGCUGCGAGUUCUGGGGCGCGCCGUUGCACCUGGCGCUGUGUGCCCCAGUGGGCCCCUGCCUCACGGAGGAUCCCCCGGUGGAUGGGGUCUUCCUGGACCUCGGCUCCGCGCUGAUGGCCCUCCUCUUCGGCGCCAAAGACCUGGGCCUCGGGGCCCGGGUGCACUUCUCGGCGAAGCUCAACGCGACCUACCGCGAGGUGCUGGCGCUGGAGGAGGACCUCUUCGUGGUCUGCGGCCUGAGCCUCGGCUGGCCCGAGGCUCCCACCGAAAUUCCCGCGCCAACCGCGGCGGAGAUCACGUGGUGCUGCGACGAUCGCGCCUUCGCCGCGGCGCCGGCGCCGGCGCCCGCGUCUCCGGGCGAGGAGCGGGGCUUGCUGGAGCUGGUGGCCUCGAGGCACUGCUCCCACAGUCUCUCCGACGCUCCUGUGCCGCGGUGUUUGGUGGAGUCGGUGUUGCAAGCGGCCAACCACGUGCCCUCGCACAGCAACUCCCAGCCCUGGGCAGUGACGGUGAUCCAGGGCGAGGCCAGGGACCGGCUGUCUGAGGCGAUGCUGGCGCACUUCGAUGCCGGCAACGACGGGGGGCAGAGCUACAAGAAGUACAGCACCCAGAACACGGAGCGCAUGCAGCGGGGCAAGGACACCUACGGGGAGGAGCUCUACGAGAGGCUCCAUGGAUUGAAUCGCGAUGACAAGGAUGGGAGGCGCCGAGUCUACCGGCGGAACUACGAGUUUUGGGGGGCGCCCAUUCUGCUACUGCUCCGGCUGCCCAAGGCCGCGGUGGCAGGGACUUUCGUCGACGUGGGCUCCUACAUGUUCGGGGUGCUGGUGGCCAUGCAUAGCCUGGGCCUGGGCGGCAAGCCGCUGGGCUCCGUGGCCAAGUUCACCGAGCUCUGCCGCAGCGUCUUGGGCGGCCACGUGGUGCCGGAGGACGAGCACUUGGUGUGCGGGAUUUGCAUCGGUUGGCCAAGUGACGGUCGCGAUCCACGGGAGAAACCCGACUGGUUCCCGAGCCGUUUGGCACUGGAUGAGACCACCUGCUGGCUGGCUGAUGCUGACUGGGACUGAAACUCCGGCCAAGCUGGAGAGUUUUCCAUAGUCCACGUGGGCAGCGCCCAAAACACAUCGAGUGUGCUAG